AUGUUGUGAUGGUUAACGUUUACGUAGCAAACGUGUCUGGAGGGAAUUCCUCGAAGUUAAAAUCUGAGCUGUGUCAGUGCCAACCGAGUGAUUUGUUGUGGAAAUAAGAUUGUGAAACAUUCUAACUCUCUUAUCCGUCUCCCAGAUUAUCUAAAGCUAGGACUAAAUAACGUUAGGCUAUCGUCAUAGGUGGAUUAGAUGCGUAAAAAGAAAGUAAGGGAGUUUAUCACCAGAACAACAAAACAAGAGAUGGUGGUGUCCGCCUUUCGUCCUCGCAGGAAAUGCACCAGAUGAGGAGACUUUCCACACCAAAGAUGUCAACCUGCUUGAUAUGAAGAGAUCUCAAACAUCUAAUCUGAUAUCUUGGACUGCCUACAAUCAUCACCAAUAUGCCUUUUCCCUGAGGACAACAAACAGCAUGUUUCUGAACAGAGGGAAAAACCAGAGUGCAAAAAACUAAAGCAAUAGAAUCCACCAGUUUCUGACUAUGUGAAUGGACAAGUUGUGUGACCUCUUUUGUACUUUUGUACUGAAAUAUGUAGGGGGUGAGGUGAAUCUAGACCAAAUAGUCUUGUCACCAUCUAGUACCCGUGUUUAGCAAGUGUAGAGAAAAACAGCUAGAAGCAAGGAGGUGAAUAGACUGUGAAGCCUGGUGGUUUGCAGGAUUGGCCCCUGAAGAUGCUCCAGACUGGUAACUACUCACUGGUGCUGCUGAUCCAGCUGACACUGUUGGCAUAUGACGUCUUCGUCAACUCCUUCAGUGAACUCCUGCGAGGAGCACCUGUCAUCCAACUAGUGCUUUUCAUCAUCCAGGACAUUGCCAUCUUGUUCAGCGUGAUCAUCAUUCUGCUGAUGAUGUUCAACACCUACGUGUUCCAGGUCGGCCUGGUGUCCCUGCUGCUGGAGAGAUUCAGGGCUCUCCUGAUAUUCUCUGCUCUUUACCUGACCCUCAGCAUCUGCUUCCACUGCUGGGUGUUGAACCUUAGAUGGCUCCGGUCAAACCGUUUUGUCUGGACAGAUGGCCUUCAAGCUCUUUUUGUUUUCCAGAGAACAGCGGCAGUGUUGUAUUACUACUUAUACAAACGCACAGCAGAAUAUAUGGGAGACCCGAGGCUGUAUGAGGACUCUCUGUGGCUGCGUGAUGCCUUCGCCAGAGCUCGUCAGUGAAGAAGACACAGCAGCAUUAUCAUCAGUUUAAAAAUGACCCUUGGGAAGCAUUACACUAUUAGACAUAUGGAACAAAGCAAUUGGCUGAUGAUGAACACUGACUGGACUCACUAACAUGUAAAGAGGAUGAAGCAAAGUCAUGCAAACCACAGUUUGUGUUUACUGGCUCUUCGUAGCCAAGCGGGCAGCCAGUCAAAUGGGUUAAAGUGGCACGUAAGCCAGCCAUGGCAUGUGUAGUAUUGUAUUAAUCAGGAUUGAGUCUGUUAAUCUAUGUGGCCUUUGUAAAUCAAUCUGAGUUGCAGACUGAAUAAAAGAAGGUUAAAGGUUUAGGGAAGAAUUGUUGCACAUGCAGGUAUCGCCUCUCAUGGCAAGUUUGUCUGUCUGUAUAUAAUGUACCAUGUAGAACAAUAUGUAGUAGUUUUGUUGGAAACGUUCUGUUAUUCCCCUGCAAAGGAGGAAACCUGUUGGUUUAUUUUGCCUUAUGUAAGGUUAGUAUGUGCUGUUUACAUGGUUAAUGUAAUUUUUAUAAGCCAAUUUUCAUGUGAACCCAGUUGUCUUUAAGUGGGGAUCUUUCAAUUGUGUUCCCGCUGUUUUUAUUAAAUAAUCCUUCUCUAA